GAUUAAAUUGAGUAAUAUGGUAGAGUGUGUGUGUAAAAUCACUUGUAGUAAAAUUUACAACAUUAUUUAAAUUAAAUAUUCUCAUAACUUUAAUGUUACCAUUUGUUAAAAUCACAAUACUCGAUUUUCAUUAAAAAAUGUGAAAAUGAUUGCUCGUAGGAAUUUUCAAAAAUUCCAAAUCAGGGGUACAAAGCUCUGACAAAGCAAUCGCAGCCAUACAAAAAGACAAUUUUAAGUGCAAACAAGUGAAAAAAAAAUAAUAUCUCGCUCAAAGUGGUCAAAAAUAAUAUAAAAAUGUCAUUUCUUACUCACGUAAAUCGAUAUGAUGACUAUACUUAUAAUGAGGAUAGCAUGGAAGAAGACGAAGAAGGUUCUAAUUCUAGAACAGACACUGAAGACGCCUCAGAAGCAGAAGAACCUAAUCAAAGAAUAGACGAACCGUGCGUGGAAAAAGAUUACAUUUUGGAGAAAAAUGCAGCAGUCAAAGAAUAUGAAGAGAAGAAAUCAGAUUUGAAGGAAAAUCUUCUCGCUGACUUUGAGGAUAAGAAAAAAUUGAUUGAAUCUGAACGGACAAGUAUGGAAAUAAUCGAAUCAAGUGAACUACGCCAAACUAUAACGCGCAAGCUUCGAAGACGACCAAAUGACCCUGUACCGGUUACAGAGAAAAGAAGAAAGCCAGGAAGUGGGCCUGGAUCAGGACUUGUUUUGAUGUUGGAUGAAAAGGACAUCGAUUAUGAUCUCAAACUUAUAUCGCGUGGAAAGUCCAUGAUUGCUAGCAACAUGCGAAGUUAUUCUCAAAAUUCACUGAUGAAUAACAAUUCAAUCAACAGCUCAAUGAUGAUGGGCUAUUCCAACAAUCACAAUGACAUUCAUCAUGUCGUGGAAACCAGAAUUGAAGACGGCAAAUUGCUUUAUGAACGUCGUUGGUUUCAUCGUGGCCAAGCAGUUUAUGUUGAAGGAACUGAAGUCUCAAAGUUCUCAGCAAAUAUUUCUGCUAUCGUCGGCAACGAUGUCAUUAUGGUGAAGCGUGCAAGCGACAACAGCAAAUUUCGCAUCUACUUACAUCAACUAAGUAGCGGAAAAAUCUCCAUUAAAAGAAGAGCAAACUAA